UCGCUCGAACAUAACCUCACAUCUUUCUCAACCGCGAUCUUCCUCGGUGAAUGGAUUCUCGCGAAAUUGUGUCGUAAGAUAAUAAAGAAUCGAGUGAAAUCAAAAGUGGAAUCGAGCAAAACGCCACGAAAUGAAACCCUUGAUGUUGCACGGGCACGAGCGUGCCAUCACGAAAAUAAAAUACAAUAGAGAGGGAGAUUUGUUGUUCUCCGCCAGCAAGGAUAAACAGCCUAACGUCUGGUACGCUUUGAAUGGAGAACGUCUUGGGACUUUCAAUGGACACAACGGUUCCGUAUGGUGCAUUGAUGUCAACUGGGACACCACGCGAUUAUUAUCUGGCAGUGGUGAUAAUACCCUGAGAGUUUGGGAUUGUCAAACUGGCAAGGAGAUAGGUCAGUUGAGCACAAACAGUUCUGUAAGAGCCUGCGGUUUCAGUUAUUCAGCAAACCUUGCAGUAUUCUCUACUGAUAAAGCCUUAGGUCAUCAGUGUGAGAUGUUUAUUAUGGAUGUGCGGAAUGUUGAUUCUACAUUAUCACAGGAAGAUGCGAUCUCUAGGAUCGCCGUCAAUGGUCCUAGAAUAUCUGCUAUAUUAUGGGGUGCCCUGGACGAGACUAUUAUUACAGGUCACGAGGAUGGCGAGAUUAAGCUCUGGGAUGUCAGGACAGGGAAGAAGUUGUCCAGUGUCAAAGGUCACAAAUCACAGAUAAAUGAUAUGCAAUGCAAUAAAGAUGGUACCAUGUUUGUAACAGCAUCUAAAGAUCACACGGCUAAACUUUUUGACAGUGAAUCCUUGGUGUUAUUGAAGACAUAUAAGACAGAGAGACCAGUAAAUUCGGCCACAAUAUCGCCAAUUUUCGAUCAUGUGGUCCUUGGUGGUGGUCAAGACGCUAUGGAUGUUACUACAACGUCCGCACGACAAGGCAAAUUUGAUUCGCGAUUCUUUCAUUUAGUGUUUGAAGAAGAAUUUGCACGUUUGAAAGGGCACUUUGGACCCAUUAAUUCUCUCGCUUUUCAUCCCAAUGGUCGUAGUUAUUCCACAGGUGGAGAAGAUGGAUAUAUCCGCAUUAAUAACUUUGAUCAGUCUUACUUUGAUUUCCAUUUUGAAUAUUAAAUUUAUCGAUUAAAAUGUACAUUUACAUAAAACAAAAUGAAAAAUACAA